AACCCGAAUUUCAGAAAAAAUGAGGCAGGACUCGAUCUCGUAACUCCAAAGCCUUCCUAUUUGCUACCAGUUUUGGUAGUUUCAAGAAGCUUAUUUUUGGCUUUAUUUCUCAGACGAAGUCAUCAGUCUCACAAAGGAAGAAAUUUCAACUUGUUUUUUACGUCUAAACGAAAAAAACAAUGCCUAACAUUGUUUCAGAGGCAGGACUGCAAACUAGAGCUGGGCAAUGGUGGGAUAGUAUUCCCUUCCUUACAUCAGCCGUGGUUAUUGUUUGCGGGGUUAUUUACCUCAUUUGCCUUUUGGUUGGAUAUGACUCCUUUUAUGAAGUAUGCUUCUUGCCAGAGGCUAUUGUAUCGCAUUUUCAAGUUUACCGGAUAUACACUUCCAUUAUUUUUCAUGGUUCGCUGUUACAUGUUUUGUUCAACAUGUUGGCUUUGGUUCCUUUGGGCUCUGAACUGGAGAGAAUCAUGGGAUCUAUUCGAAUGUUAUACACAAUAAUUUUGCUAGCAACAAGCAAUGCUAUAUUUCAUCUCAUCAUUGCAUUGGUGGUAGCCCAUAAUCCUUUCCAUCCUUUUGAGCAUCUCAUGAAUGAGUGUGCAAUAGGCUUCUCUGGAAUCUUAUUUUCUAUGAUUGUUAUAGAGACAAGUCUGAGCGGAGUUCAGUCUAGGAGUGUGUUUGGUCUUUUCAAUGUUCCUGCUAAAUGGUAUGCAUUCAUCUUAUUGGUAGUAUUCCAGCUGCUUAUGACAAAUGUCUCGUUACUUGGACACCUCUGUGGCAUUUUGUCUGGCUUUGCAUAUACCUUUGGCUUAUUCAACUUCCUUAUUCCUGGACCAUCCUUUUACACUGCCAUUGAGUCCUCAUCAUGGCUUGCAAGCUGUGUGAGGCGGCCUAAAUUUAUUUUAUGCAGUGGUGGAAACCCUUCAGCUUACAUCCCCACUUAUACUGCUCAAAAUUCAUCCUCCGGUGCACUAUUUUCUGGAAACAUUUGGAGAAACUUGUCUUCGUGGAUGCCGCAGAGGGGGACAACAGCUCAGCCAGCACAAGAUGAUCCCAGAUUUCCUGGGAGAGGCAGAACUCUUGGUUCUGUUCAAAAUACUGCUGUAAAUUCAGAUUCAAACUUACAAGCUAGGCUUUUGGAUAAUAGUAGACCCACCAGUCCAUCAGAUAUUGCAGCAGCUGUUGCUGGGGAGAGGCUUUCAAAUGAAAGGCAGUUACAAGUGAAUGAUGCAGUUGCAGUUGGUGCAGGAGGUUAUCCACUUCCUCAGAUGCCGCAGGUAGCUUCUGAGGAACAAAUCCAGAAACUGUUAUCAAUGGGUUUUGAAAGGACACAAGUAGAAGUUGCAAUAGCAGCUGCCGAUGGAGAUCUUAACGUGGCUGUAGAAAUUCUUAUGAGUCAGCAGGGCUGAUCUGCAAAAAAUGUAAGGUCUUACGAUUUUUAAACAACAAAUAUCCACUUGAGCUUGAUUUCAAGCGGCUUAGUUCUUGCACCUUGUGUCCAUAUUGUAAUUAGUGGUCAUAUCCACAGGAGCCAACAAAGAGCAAAGAAACAUUAUGAAUUGGACUAAUUGUACUAAACUUCUGUUUGAAGCUUUCUGCAAUACAUGACCUUGCUGAAA